CGAGGCAAGCAAAGCGACACUGAAAGAUAUCUUAGACAGCUAUCCUCGAAGCACCUUGGUUCUUGACGGCUUGGACGAGUGUGACGAAGAUACAAGAAGGCGUUUUUUUCGCAUUCAUCAAAUUUCUCAUUCUGGAAAGCAACCGUCCACUGAAAGUCUUUAUUGCUAGUCGUCCGGAAUAUGAUAUUCAGGGCCAUCUGAAAUCUUUUCAAAAUUCACGGACACUCAUCAACAUCAGCACGUCUGAUAACAAGGGUGACAUUGAGAAAUUUGUUGUUGAUGAGAUGAACAAACACUCUGUCAACUGGGAAGAGGUCGGAACUGAAACGCAAAUGCAUGUAAAACGAACUCUUGUUGACAAGAGUGACGGGAUGUUCAGGUGGACAUAUCUGCAAUGGGAACAGCUCAAAAUCAUCAAGAGCGAGAAAUACAUCAAAGCAAGACUUGACAAACUCCCGAAAACUCUUUCAGAAGCGUAUCAGGAGAUUCUAGAUGGUUGCGAUCCAGAUUCUCCCAAUCUGAGGAUGCUUCAACGGGCCGUCAGAUGGGUCAUGUGUGCCCGCGAGCCGUUGAACAGUCGCGUACUACUUUCAGCCCUCAAAGCAGAAAGUGAGAGUCGUGAUGGUGCAGACUGUUUUGAGCAGUCGGAUCUCACCGAGCGAAAGCUGGAAGAUGCCUGUCGGCAUUUGGUUGUAAAGGAUCCGGAGCUUGGUGUCUGGAAAUUUCCACAUGCAUCAGUCCUUGACUAUUUCAAAGGCGAGAAGUUUGAGUGGAUCAGCAACGCCCCAGCGCAACUGACAGUAUUCAUGAUAAACUGUUUGAAGAGUUGCUGCUCGAAUUAUCCCUCGAAGUGGCCGCCACAACAUAUCGAAGACGACGUGAUGGCAAUAUACAAGUGGUAUCAUUACGAUCGUUUGCAUAUGGAAGAUCCUCUGGAUCCUCCACACCCGCUUCAAAAAUAUAUUCUGUUGAACUGGGUAGAGCACACUCGCGGGUUUUCCAGCCAUGACGCCAAGACCACAGGCGUGGAUCAAGCUUUGCAGCAAUUCUUCGGCGAGCCAGGACCUCAGCGAUCCUCCAAAGAAUAUCGAGUAUUCGUUCAGAUGGUCACUUCGCACUGGCGCUUCUAUGACUUAUUGUGGUCCGAAAUUGGACCAGUAGACAACAAUGUCUUUGGAACCAUAGCGCUCGGGCUACACAAAGCCCUGGCUGGGUGGUGGGACAAAAACCUUGACAUUCCUUCGCUAGUGAACGACGAUAACUCGGAUCUGCUAUCUAUUGCUGCUACUUACGGCCAGUCUGAGACCUGUCAACACCUACUAAACGCAGGGUGCGACAUACAGAGCGCUGUGUGUGCGUCCAUUCGUGGACACAAAAUCGACACCUUGAGGUUACUCCUACGGAGAGUUGCAAACCUGAAUAUUGCCAUCGAUGGGCACAGCUACCUUUGUUGCGCCUCAAGUUAUCGCUCUCUGAAAUGUCUCCAAUUGCUGUUGCAAUACGAGGCAGAUCCUGACUUGAGUUGCAACAAUGACUCCCAAGGAAAGGGUCGCUGUCAAUAUGGCAAUGCGCUAGUCAACGCUGCGUAUAGUGGGUACCUUGACGGGAUUCAAGCACUCGUCAAACAAAAAGCAGCAGUCAAUCCAAUAAACAUUGGAGGAGACUUCGGAAGUCCUCUUGCCGCUGCAGUCUAUGAAGGACAUCUGGAGUGUGCCCGCUUCCUCGUCGAGCAUGGAGCAGACAUUCACGCCAAUCUGGAAUCUGGAAAGUAUGGGAGCCCUUUGGUUGCUGCUCUCUGGGGCGAACAGCUGGAUUGUGCUCGUUUCCUGAUUCAACAAGGCGCUGAUGUUAAUGCCGCGAUACCAUGCAGAGGCUUUGGCAGUCCCUUAGCUGCUGCAAUCCACGCGGAUAAACACGAGUCCGCUGCCUUCGUCAUCGAAUAUGGCGCUGAUGUCAACGCGGACCUACGGUUUGGGGACUUCGGUAGUCCCCUAGGCGUUGCAGCAAGUACCGCGAACGAGAGGCUCAGUCGUCUCCUCCUGAACCACGGUGCAGAGCCUAACGCAAGCUUAAACUUCGGCAAGUUUGGCAGCCCAUUGGCAGCCGCUGUGGCAGAAGGGGAUCUGGGAUACGUUCGCUUUCUUGUCGAUUCUGGCGCUGAUGUUCAUGCAACUUUGAAAGUUGGAGAGUAUGGCAGUGCUUUAGCCGCUGCUGUUCUUGGCGAACACGAUGGGUCCCUUCACAUGAUCAAAUUCUUGGUCGAAGAAAACGAGGUGGAUCUCGCCCAGCUUGUCAAAGUACCACCUAGAAAACGGUAUAGGGGCACGUGUGAUUGUUAUCGUUGGAUAAGGUUAGGAGAGCGCUGUGCGGUAGCUGUGUAUCUUCUUCGAGAGCGCGGUCUCAACUUUGAGAUAUUAGCUUCUCUAGGGUUUAUUCGAGAAAGGUUAGGUUUAUCUAGGAGUAGUAGUAGUGGGAGUAGUACUUAGUAAUGGGCAUGUAAAACUAGCCAACCAACUAAACAAUCUCCUACACCACAAGAGUAUCCCUCGUCUUCCCCAGCCGACGAGAA